CAGACCAGAGGUUACAAGAGGAGGAGAUGGUUAAGAAUUAAAAGUCAACACCUCUGAAAUAAAGUUAAUUUUGGACUGCGUCAGCUUGGGCUCAAAGGCAUUGUUUGCCAACCUGAAGUGCUGUUGGUUUGGUCAACACACAAGUGGCAGCACUGAAAAUAGAAACCUGAAGUUCAGCUCGGACCGGCAAAACAAAGGAAUUUAACAAGUUUAUAGUAUGUCUGCAGCUUACUAAAACAUUACAAUGAUGAGGCAUUUAUCUUUCAAAAUCACCUCAGACCACAUGCUGCUGUGUGUCUUCCUGACUCUACUUUGGGGUGCCACUAACUCCAACACAACAUCCACACCAGGCACAAUGGUGACAGCAAUAAGGAAAGCAACAAUACAAACAACAAUGCUGACAACAACAACAGCAACAACUAAGCAACCUCUCGAAAAUGUGCAGAAAGUCGAGGUAGUGACCCAAAAUGAGAGCAGUAUAAUUCUGAGGUGGAACAAGGUUAAUCACAUCUCAACAUACUUCCUGAAGUAUGUUAACAAUGGCAUUGACAAGGUGGAACCCAUUACUGCAACUCCUGAACAGACAUCAGUUACACAUGAAGUCAAUGAUUUGAGUGCUGGGAAAAAAUAUGAUUUUUUGCUUCUCACAUCGGACAAUGGAGUCAACAGCACUGGAGUCAAUAUUUCUGCAGCAACUGCUCCUCGUAACGCAGAUAACGUUAAAUCAAUUGGACAAAAUGAGACCAGUAUAACUCUGCAGUGGAACAAAGUGAAUGACAUCCUCAACUAUACACUUGUGUUCAAUGGAAGUGAGAUAAACGUCACUGCAUCAGGGGAAGAUAAUGUGACAUACACUGUAUCAGGACUCACAAGUGGGACUAAAUAUGACUUCAGUCUCUUCACUGUGUUUGAAAAUGUCAGAAGCAGUGGAGUUAACAUAACUGCAGUCACUGCUCCUCGUAAUGCAGAGGAGUUUAAAUCAACUGGACAAAAUGAGACCAGUAUAACUCUGCAGUGGAACAAAGUGAAUGACAUCUUCAACUAUACACUUGUGUUCAAUGGAAGUGAGACACAUUUCACUGCACCAGAGAUAGAUAAAGUGACACACACUCAACCAGGACUCACAAAUGGGACUAAAUAUGACUUCAGUCUCUUCACUGUGUUUGAAAAUGUCAGAAGCAGUGGAGUAAACCUAACUGCAGUCACUGCUCCUCGUAACGCAGACGACUUUAAAUCAACUGGACAAAAUGAGACCAGUAUAACUCUGCAGUGGAACAAACUGAAUGACAUCCUCAACUAUACACUUGUGUUCAAUGGAAGUGAGACACAUUUCACUGCACCAGAGAAAGAUAAAGUGACACACACUGUAUCAGGACUCACAAGUGGGACUAAAUAUGACUUCAGUCUCUUCACUGUGUUUGAAAAUGUCAGAAGCAGUGGAGUAAACCUAACUGCAGUCACUGCUCCUCGUUACGCAGAGGACUUCAAGCCAAUUGGACAAAAUGAGAACAGUAUAAUUCUGCAGUGGAACAAAGUGAAUGACAUCUUCAACUAUACACUUGUGUUCAAUGGAAGUGAGAUAAACGUCACUGCAUCAGGGGAAGAUACCGUGACAUACACUGUAUCAGGACUCACAAGUGGGACUGAAUAUGACUUCAGUCUCUUCACUGUGUUUGAAAAUGUCAGAAGCAGUGGAGUAAACCUAACUGCAGUCACUGCUCCUCGUAACGCAGAGGACUUUAAAUCAAUUGGACAAAGUGAGACCAGUAUAACUCUGCAGUGGAACAAAGUGGAUGACAUCCUCAACUAUACACUUGUGUUCAAUGGAAAUGAGACAUACGUGGAAGAUAAUGUGACAUACACUGUAUCAGGGCUCACAAGUGGGACUAAAUAUGACUUCAGUCUCUUCACUGUGUUUGAAAAUGUCAGAAGCAGUGGAGUAAACCUAGCUGCAGUCACUGCUCCUGAACCAGUUAAGAAUGUGACUGUGGUGACACAAAGUAUCAGCAGUAUCACGCUGAGGUGGGACAAAGUUAAAAAUAUUCCAACAUACAUCCUACAAUAUGGUGACAUUAGUGAAAACAUUGGAGGCCAGACCUACACAUCUCAUCAAGAGGCAUCAGUUAAAUAUGAAGUCUCUUCACUUAAUGCUGGAGAAGAAUACAGUUUCACUCUCAUCACUGUGUUUGAGAAAGUUAACAGCACUGAAUUCUCAUUUACUACUGUGACUGUUCCCCCAGUGGUGCGUGACGUAACUGUGACACGCUCCGUGACCAAUGUAACUCUGAAGUGGAAGAACGAGGAUAAAAACUGGGGCUACUUUCUUCAAAUCGAUGGAAGAUAUUUUGAAGUCAAACCAAGUGGAUCCCUUGAUGAUGUGUUACAGACAGUCCCAUCUCUCAAUCCUGGAACAGAGUAUCCAUACAGUGUGAUCACAGAGUUCUCUGAACUCAACAGCAGUCCUUUUACUGGCUUCACAGUAACAACUCCUCGUAACGCAGAGGACUUUAAGCUAAUUGAACAAAAUGAGACCAGUAUAACUCUGCAGUGGAACAAAGUGAAUGACAUCCUCAACUAUACACUUGUGUUCAAUGGAAGUGAGACACAUUUCACUGCACCAGAGGGAGAUACUCUGACACACACUCAACCAGGACUCACAAAUGGGACUAAAUAUGACUUCAGUCUCUUCACUGUGUUUGAAAAUGUCAGAAGCAGUGGAGUAAACCUAGCUGCAGUCACUGCUCCUCGUAACGCAGAUGAGUUUAAAUCAAUUGGACAAAAUGAGACCAGUAUAACUCUGCAGUGGAACAAAGUGAAUGACAUCCUCAACUAUACACUUGUGUUCAAUGGACAUGAGAUAAAUGUCACUGCAUCAGUGGAAGAUAAAGUGACAUACACUGUAUCAGGACUCACAAGUGGGACUAAAUAUGACUUCAGUCUCUUCACUGUGUUUGAAAAUGUCAGAAGCAGUGGAGUAAACAUAACUGCAGUCACUGCUCCUCGUAACGUAGACGACUUUAAAUCAAUUGGACAAAAUGAGACCAGUAUAACUCUGCAGUGGAACAAAGUGAAUGACAUCCUCGACUAUACACUUGUGUUCAAUGGAAGUGAGAUAAACGUGGAAGAUGAAUUGACAUACACUGUAUCAGGACUCACAAGUGGGACUAAAUAUGACUUCAGUCUCUUCACUGUGUUUGAAAAUGUCAGAAGUAGUGGAGUAAACCUAGCUGCAGUCACUGCUCCUCGUAACGCAGAUAACGUUAAAUCAAUUGGACAAAAUGAGACCAGUAUAACUCUGCAGUGGAACAAAGUGAAUGACAUCCUCAACUAUACACUUGUGUUCAAUGGACAUGAGAUAAACGUCACUGCAUCAGGGGAAGAUAAAGUGACAUACAUUGUAUCAGGACUCACAAGUGGGACUAAAUAUGACUUCAGUCUCUUCACUGUGUUUGAAAAUGUCAGAAGUAGUGGAAUAAACAUAACUGCAGUCACUGCUCCUCGUAACAUAGUCGACUUUAAAUCAAUUGGACAAAGUGAGACCAGUAUAACUCUGCAGUGGAACAAAGUGAAUGACAUCCUCAACUAUACACUUGUGUUCAAUGGACAUGAGAUAAACGUCACUGCAUCAGGGGAAGAUAAAGUGACAUACAUUGUAUCAGGACUCACAAGUGGGACUAAAUAUGACUUCAGUCUCUUCACUGUGUUUGAAAAUGUCAGAAGCAGUGGAAUAAACAUAACUGCAGUCACUGUUCCCCCAGUGGUGCGUGACGUAACUGUGACACGCUCCGUGACCAAUGUAACUCUGGAGUGGAAGAACGAGGAUAAAAACUGGGGCUACUUUCUUCAAAUCGAUGGAAGAUAUUUUGAAGUCAAACCAAGUGGAUCCCUUGAUGAUGUGUUACAGACAGUCCCAUCUCUCAAUCCUGGAACAGAGUAUCCAUACAGUGUGAUCACAGAGUUCUCUGAACUCAACAGCAGUCCUUUUACUGGCUUCACAGUAACAAAAAUAGACUGUACCACUGCAACCUGGCAUGUUAGUAACUCAUCCAUCCAAGGAAAGGUUGAAGGCCUGUUCUCGAAGGCAACAGCUACUAAUGUCUUGAGUAAUGUCAAUAACACAGCUCUACCUGGUGGUAGCAAUGUGUUAUUUAAAGACCUUGACCAUGGAGCAACCUAUUUGGUGUCUCUCGUGUAUGAAAGAGAUUCCUUUGACUUUUCACAGUGUGACCACAGUUUGACAAUCGCUCCUGCAGAUGUAAAAGCUCGAUGUGAGAACGUUGCAGCUGGCUACUCUAUCCUCAUCGUCUUUGAUAAACCGAAGGGUUUGUGGACUGAAGUGGAGGUGAAUGUGACUGGGAAGACAGAAAAGUAUGAUAAUGAGACACAGAAGAUCACAAUACCUGGUUUCCAACCUGCAAAUUCAUAUGAGGUGUCUAUAGCUCUACUGUCUGAGAAUGUGAUGAGUUGUACACCGUAUGUUUUCCAAUGCCAGACUGAUCCAAGGGGAGUCAUUGCAGGGUCAGUGAUUGCUGUCCUGCUUUUUGGUGUUCUGGUCUUUCUAAUGGUCUUCAUUUUGCUUAAAAGACCAGAUAUUAUCAGCAGAAAAAAACAAUUCAUUGAGGGUUCUCGACAAUCUAAAAAAAGCAAAGCUAUAUCUGUCACAAAGUUUCCAGACCACUUCUACUACUUAAGUGCAGAUGAGAACAGAGGUUUCAGUGAGGAAUAUGAGACACUUCUUCCUGUUGGCACGGAGCAGAUACGAAAGGUAGCGCUCCUGCCUGAGAACAAGGCCAGAAACCGUUUCAGCAACAUUCUGCCAUAUGACUGGUGUCGAGUGAAGCUAAGUACAUCGAAUCCCACUGGGGCCUCUGACUACAUCAAUGCCAGUUACAUGCCAGGCUACAAGAACAACCGAGAGUACAUUGCGACUCAGGGUCCUCUUCCUGCCACAGUCAAUGAUUUCUGGAGGAUGAUUUGGGAACAAAGAGUGAAAGGCAUCGUCAUGGUAACCAACUGCACCGAGGGAAGACGGACUAAGUGUGAACAAUACUGGCCCUCGGACAGAGAGACUUGCCUUUACGGAGAGAUGCAGGUCACCAACAGAUCUGAGCAGCAAGAGUUCAACUGGACUUUGAGGGAAUUUACACUGAAAUAUAAGAACACCUCAGAAGAGCGCACUGUGAAACAUUUCCACUUUACCGCCUGGCCUGACCACGGAGUCCCACAGGGCACUGAAGUCCUGAUCCAGUUCAGAGAACUGUUCAGACAGCACAUAAAGACAGAGGGAACUGGGGAACCCACUGUGGUUCACUGCAGUGCUGGAGUGGGGAGGACAGGCACUAUUAUUGCCUUGGAUGUGCUGCUUCAGCAGCUGGAGCGAGAGAAAGCAGUGGGCAUCAAUGCCUUUGUGCACAAGAUGAGACUGAAUCGACCACACAUGGUGCAGACAGAGUCCCAGUAUGUCUUCCUGCACCAAUGCAUCAUGGACCGUCUGCAGCCACAUGAGAAGCCUGAAGAAAACUUAUAUGAGAAUGUGGACAUGAUAUAUGUCAACGCCACUGCACUCCGAGAGUUUCGUUAAACAGCUCAAAUGCCUGAACUAAAAGAGAUUAGCUCUUCACUGAAACGUUCAUGCACUUAAUGAAAACUCAUUCUGAAGCCUUCAUGCUGUUUUGUAUUUUAAAAUAUCCUUACUGUAAAAGAAAGAUUCAAGACAGAUAUAUAUAUAUAUAUAUAUAUAUAUAUAUAUAUAUAUAUAUAUAUAUAUAUAUAUAUAUAUAUAUAUAUUUUUUUUUUUAAAUUUAACUUAUUUUUUUGUGUGUCAUCUGCUAAUAGUGUAUAAUUAAUAUUAUUAUUAUUAUCAUCCUGUAAUGAAAUAACACUCCAAAUGACCAAAGAAUGUUUUCAAAUGACUUUAUUACAAUAAGAAAUGUAGAGAGAAAAUUAUUUUCUAU